CUAGGGUAUACUCAAUGAAUAUUCAUUUUAAAUCAAUCGAAUGUUUAUUUUGAAUUAACAAAAUGUUCAUUUUCAACCAUAGUACAUGUUAAUUCUAAAGUAUGCUCAGUAUAGUGUUUAUUCUGAAAUAGCGUAGUAUUAAUUCUGAAACAUGUUCGUUUUGUAACAAUGUAAUGUUCAUUCUAAGAUAUUUUAUAAAUUACAAGUUUGCCAUGAUGUACUAAGACGAAGCUUGCCUUUCAAAUGCCCCCUCUAGACUGUAGAGUAUCUUCCGUGGACCGUGGCAUCUUGCAAGCUGUGAACACAAUAUUUGCAAAAUUAGGGAAAAAGUUUCCCAAUGUUACCCAGACAUCUUGCACUGGUGGGGCAAUUCUGAACAAGAACGAUUCUGAUGAUCCUUUCAGCAACGAUAGAAUUAGGAUGGUGUCAUGUGAUUGCAAUAUCAGUAGCAAUACAUUCUGCCAUGUAACAGACUUUGACCUGACACGCAAUUACAUUAAUGGACCAAUUCCCCCUAUCUUUGGCCGAUUCCGCAAUCUCACUAUUUUGUCGCUUUUGGGAAACCGCAUUAGUGGAAAGAUACCAAAGGAGAUAGCUGACAUAUCUACAUUGGAGGAGUUAGUUUUGCAAGACAAUGAGAUUCAAGGACCUCUUGAUCAAAGUCUUGGAAAUUUGAGUCGACUCAGGAGACUCCUUAUAUCUGGCAACAAUGUCAGUGGGGUUAUACCAGAAUCUUUUGGCAAGCUUAAGAACAUGACAGACUUUAGGAUAGACGGAAACCCAAUAUCUGGUAAUUUUCCUGACUUUAUUGGCAACUGGACAAACCUGGAAAAAUUGGAUCUUAGUUUCAACAUGCUGAGUGGUCCAAUCCCAAAUGUUCAGAACAAAAAAUUUAAAAGUUGCGAUUUAUCCUACAACAAUUUCACAGAAUCAUCUGCAGUAGGUUGCCAGACCUCUACUUUGAACUUAGUCUCUACUCUCUCUAGCUAUUCAGUGGCUAAUAGUGACUCUGGCAAUUGGUGCUUGAAGAAAGACCUCCCAUGUGCAGGAGGAGCUCAAUAUGACUCUCUGUAUAUAAACUGUGGAGGAGGGAGUGCUGUAUCAUUUGAGGGUAAAACCUAUGAAGCAGACUCAACCCAAGGAGGCCCGUCUUACUUGUACACGUCAUCGGAUAGAUGGGGUUACAGUAGCUCAGGAGUGUUCAUAGCAAAUGAUGAUGUCAAAUAUCUUGCAACAAACACUCUAUCCUAUACAUUCAUUCAUGAUAUUUACAAAACAGCUCGGCUUGCUCCAACUUCACUCAAGUAUUACGGGUUUUGCAUGCGACAAGGGAGUUAUAAAGUUCGCCUCCACUUUGCGGAAAUAAUGUUCUCUAACAACUCUUCCUAUAGCAGUCUUGGGAGGCGACUAUUUGAUGUAUCAAUCCAAGGGAAUGUGGUCUUGACAGACUUUAACAUCGCGGAAGAUGCUAAGGGUGCUGGGAUUGCAAUCACAAAGGAGUUUGACAAUGUUCUUGUCAAUGGUAGCAGCUUAGAGAUACACUUGUAUUGGACUGGAAAAGGAACUAAUGCUAUUCCUAUGAGAAGUGUAUAUGGUCCAUUGAUUUCUGCCAUUACAAUCACUCCAAACUUCAAAACCAAUAAAGGGCUAGGUGUUGGAGCAAUAGUUGGCAUCUCAAUCUCUUGCUGCGUGUUCGUCUUGUUAAUAUUAGUUGUUCUAUGGUUGAGAGGGUACUUGGGGGGCAAAGUUGAAGAGGACAACGAACUGAGAACGCUUGAUCUACAGACGGGUUAUUUCACUCUUAGACAGGUUAAGACUGCUACAAAUAACUUUGACCCAGCUAAUAAAAUUGGUGAAGGAGGAUUUGGCCCAGUUUACAAGGGUAUUCUUUCGGAUGGUGGAGUUGUUGCAGUCAAGCAACUAUCUUCCAAGUCGAAGCAAGGAAACAGGGAAUUCGUCAAUGAGAUAGGAAUGAUAUCAGCUUUGCAACAUCCAAACCUCGUGAAGCUUUACGGUUGUUGCAUAGAAGGAAACCAGCUCUUACUGAUAUAUGAAUACAUGGAAAACAACUGUCUGUCUCGAGCCCUUUUUGGACGCCCGGAUCAGAGGUUGAGUCUAGACUGGGAAACUAGGAAGAAAAUAUGCAUGGGAAUAGCCAAAGGCUUAGCAUACCUUCAUGAGGAAUCGAGGUUGAAGAUCGUUCAUCGAGAUAUAAAGGCAUCCAAUGUCCUGCUCGAUAAAGAUCUAAGUGCUAAAAUUUCAGAUUUUGGUUUGGCUAAGCUUGAUGAAGAAGAGAAUACCCACAUUAGCACACGAAUUGCUGGAACUGUAGGAUAUAUGGCUCCGGAAUACGCAAUGAGAGGAUAUUUGACAGACAAAGCAGAUGUUUACAGCUUUGGAAUAGUUGCAUUGGAAAUUGUUAGCGGGAAAAGCAACACAAAUUACAGACCGAAAGAGGAGUUUGUGUACCUUCUUGAUUGGGCAUAUGUCCUCGAAGAACAAGGAAAUCUGCUAGAACUUGUGGAUCAGAGCCUGGGCUCCAACUACUCCAAAAAGGAAGCAAUGAGAAUGCUGAGAUUGGCCCUUUUAUGCGCCAACCCAUCGCCAUCUCUCAGGCCAUCCAUGUCUUCUGUGGUGAAGAUGCUGGAGGGAAAGAUGGCUGUGCAAGCUCCCGCAAUCAGGCCUGGGAAGCCAAACGGCGACCCCAGGUUUAAAGCAUUGGAGAAACUGUCACAGGACAGCCAUACCAAUUCUUCGUCCACAUAUUCUCAGGACACCACUAGUCAGUUGCAGAGGAGUGUUUCAGUGGGAGCCCCGUGGUCUGGUUCCUCACAAUCUUUUGCUUCAAAGGAUGAACAUCAUCAUCUUGAUGGUUCCUCUCCCACCAGAAAACUUCUUCCGGAUCUUUACGACGUUAGCAUUCAUUGAUUACAUGGAAAAGGCAGUCAUUGCUUUUUUUUUUGGUUUCUUCAUCAGAUCAAUGAAUAAUAAGUUCAUGUAGGUAUAAUAAGUGCACAAUUUUCUUUCAUGGGGUUAGGUGUUUGUGCUGUCUCACAUACUUGUAGAAAUGUUAAUUAAGAACAAAGGGUACACUCAGAA